CUCCAGGAGGGGUGCGAUUGGCCUGGUCGUCCUCCUCGCUGAGCACCUCUACCUCGGCAGUGUGACGAGGGGUGUGCCCGGCCGCAAAUGUACGUGCGGCAUCUUCAGUGAUUCUUGUGGCCGGCGUAUGAUGUUCAGUCGGCAUUUCUCUUUCGAGGGGUGGCCGCUCUACGCGUGUAGGCCGCCCAGCAUCGUUGUCCUGUCGUUGAUCUUCCAUGUUACCGUACCUCCCCACAGACGGCGCCAAAUGUUGUGGGGUUUUUCCGGUGAGAUACCUGGGAGGUUUCUUGGUAACUUUUACAGAUUAAACAAGAUUGUAUUUUUAUAGAGAGAGAAAGUAGAGAGAAGGCAGAGCAGCAAUUGCUCUAGAAUGUAUUGAUUGUGACCCCUUUUUCUAGGGAAGUGGGAAUAUUUAUAGUACUAGGUUUUUGGGGGAAUGACCUAAUAUUCCCCUUACAUGAUUGGCUGGGGAAUGGGAGGAGGACACGUGUCCUUUCUCCUUACAAUUCUCUGGUCUCUUUUGGCAAUAGUGGGCUGUUUGGGCCUAUUGUGCUUAGUCAUUCACUUGGGAUACAUACUAAUUAAGCCCCUUUCCAGGUAUAGGUGUUAUACAUACAUUUAUACACACUUAAAUACAUACAUUGUAGAUACCUAGAUUAAUACUCAUGCCUCGGAGUAGACUUCGUAUGAUUUCUGCUUAGGGGGCGCAAUACGUGCCAUGUGUCACGUCCUCAUUGGUACACGAAGGCACGGUAAUUUUGCCCACAACAUUUGCCCCUCAAGAAGGGCAUUUCUGGAAACACAUUCCGGAGCUUUCAUAGGCGAUUUCCGGCGUGUUCCUACCACCAUCAGGCGAUUUCCGGCCACCACGAGACUCAUCCUUUUCCUCGUCACACUCAUCCUGUUCUUCGUGAAGUUCAUCCCGUUCUUCGCGAUACUCAUCCUGUUCUUCACCAAGUACUUCGCAGAUCUUUCAAGAGGAAGGAAUGAGCAAGCUAUCGGCGGCGGAUAUUGGGAAGGGCGAUAUGACCGAUUGGAUGGCGGACAUCUAUGAGGCCAAGAUGCAGAAAGCCAAGGCCGAGUUGGAGGAGAAGGUGAGUAUUCUCUUAGGUUGUCGUUUUUUUUUUUUUUGCAAGUUAAACUUCUCCCGUCCAGCGUCUACAGUGGACGUCUUUUUAGUGACGAGCCGAUAUCCUGAUAUCUGACCCGUGUUUGCUAAGGUAGGCCUCGUCACUUUUUAUUGACGGGCCCCUUAGUUAGUGUUUUUUCAAGUGACUCGUGAUUGAUAGGGUACGCCUCGUCAUUUUUGGGACGGGCGUCCUUUUUAAUGACGAGCCACUUUUCUGCGAUUGACUUGCACUUGAUAAGGUACGCCUCGUCAUUUUUAAGACGGGCGUCCUUUUU